GAACCUCUUCGUCCUCUCGUCCUCAACACUCCCAAAAGUCUACCGUCCACUGUCGCUUAACGAACUGCUCUAGUCGAUUAAUUCACGGGUUUAAACACCUCCCCGCGGGCUGUUUGGUUCCAUGGAGCAUAUGUUGACACCACUCCUCCCGUGCCCUUCACCUAAGGGCUUCGUCGAGAUAUUCGUUUGGUGCUUGCAAGACGAAUUGAUCUGUUUUCAUCCUUUAUAUACCCCAUUGUGCGGCAACGAUUCUUCUGCUCUACAAUACUUCUUUUCUUUACACUAUCUUAUGUUUAUUUCUAUCAUGCCUUGCGUGACUGCUCUCCGAUGCAAAGAUGACCAUUGGAAUGUUAGAGGCACCUGGAAAAACUACCGCCUAUCGGUAUAUCGUGUCUACAUGCUCUACUCUGUUCUGUAUCAUGUUAUGCCCAUGGCCGUUGGUCAUGCAGGUCGUGGAUUCUCUGCCAGUGGCAGGCACCGGAUGGCAUGUUAUGCUUGGAUUUCUUCGGUACAGUACAUAUUGAUGUAUGUACAUAGAUAUUUCAGUGCCACUUUCAAUAAUAAAACUUAAAUAUGCGGGCCAAUUUUGUUUUUUUCCAUCGUAAUAUACUCUUAUGGUUGUUGUCCAAAUCAAGAUUGAUGAUUCUGCCAUAGAUCUCGGAGUUAAGAUUCGGGAGAUGACUCGGGAGAUGUGAUAUUCAUAAAAUCAGAGGAUAUGAGGUUAAACAAAAGCAUUUGUAUACAUGUCAAGGUAAAAUCAUAUCCUGGUACUAAAUCAUGCAUAAAUACUGAAAUCCACCAGCAGUCGCGCAUUUCCUAUCUGCACUGCAAGUUCAAAAGCCAACAAGAAUGGUUGCUUAUUUCUUACCCGGCUCGGACUUUGCGGGAUAGC